CUUAACACUUGUUCAUUCAGUUUCAUUUCUACAACGCUACCCUUAUCCACAAACAACGAUAUUGUUGUGUUGUUCCUUUCCUCUUCUCUCAAUUUUCCGCUAUGUCUAUCACUUCCUUCAAAUCUCUCACAAUGGCAGAAUCAUGCUUACUUUCUCAACCUUCACUCUUCUACACCAAAUCCAAAUCCCCAUUCAUCUCUAAUUCCGCCAAACCCUUCAAGGUUCAAAACCCAUCUUACAAUUCUUCAAAGUUUUCAUCAUCUGUCUCACUCGUUUCCAAGAGAAGAACCCGUCAUUCUUCUUUGGUUACAUUUGUUGCACAAACUUCUGAUUGGGCUCAACAGGAAGAGAAGGAAGAUGGUGCUACAUGGGAGAAUCAAGCGGAUGCUACAUGGGUUGGUGAAACUGAAAGUAACGAGAAUGAAGAAGUUGAAGUUGCCAGUUUUGAAGAACCUUCUGAAGAUUUGAAGAUUUUUGUUGGGAAUUUGCCUUUUGAUGUUGAUAGUGAGAAAUUGGCUCAGCUUUUUGAGCAAUCUGGGACUGUUGAGAUUGCCGAGGUAAUUUAUAAUAGGGACACUGACAGAAGUCGUGGGUUCGGAUUUGUCACAAUGAGUACAUCGGAAGAAGUUGAGAGAGCUGUGAACAAAUUCAGUGGCUUUGAAUUAGAUGGAAGAUUGUUGACAGUUAAUAAGGCUGCUCCAAGAGGAACACCACGGCUGCGCCAACCACGUACCUUUAAUUCCGGUUUAAGAGCCUAUGUUGGUAACUUGCCAUGGGACGUUGACAAUUCUAGCUUGGAGCAACUUUUCAGCGAACAUGGUAAGGUUGAGAGUGCUCAGGUAGUCUAUGACAGAGAGACCGGUCGAUCACGUGGUUUUGGCUUUGUUACAAUGAGCAAUGAGGCUGAGAUGAAUGAUGCCAUUGCUGCUCUUGACGGUCAGAGCUUCAAUGGGAGGGCAAUUAGAGUGAAUGUUGCUGAGGAAAGGCCCAGGCGCUCUUUCUGAGUGCAAGAAAUUCACUUUUAAAGUGAGUGUUGUCUGAUUUCUUUUUAACGGCCAAGGAUAAAAUUUCAAUUUUUUUAUUUUAUUUUCAAAUGUUCCUUUUUGGCCACUGGUUUCACAUUAGAUUUGCAUGUUUUAAUGUAAUAGUAAUUGUUGAGAUAUAUAUUCGGAUAAAUUAUCUGCCUACUUAUAAAGUUUAAGUUCAAAUUGUAUUAUUUUGAAUGUCACCUAGCAGUGGAAUUGGCCAGUUAAUUGUUACA